AUGUCUGAGGCUUCGACUAUCCACGUUUCCAACAUCUCCCCCGCCACCACCGAGAAGGAGGUGCGCGAUUUCUUCAGUUUCUGCGGAAAGAUCACCAGUCUCUCUGUUACUCCCACCUCGUCCGAGGCCGAGGCGACCAAGUCGGCUACCGUGACCUUCGAGAAAGAAGCUGCCGCCAAGACUGCCCUUCUCCUCGAUCAGACCCAAUUGGGCUCAUCUGCUGUGCACGUCGAAGCUGCCAAGAGCAUCGGAACUUUAGCCCAGGAGUCCACCGCGGGCGCUACCGAUGUCGAGUCCAAGGAUGAGCACCACAUCCCUCAAGAGGAGAAGCCUCGCUCGCGUAUUUUCGCCGAGUACCUUGCCCAUGGAUACGUUGUGAGCGACAAGGCUCUCGAGAAGGCUCUCGAGUUGGACAACCAGCACGGUGUUUCCACCAAGUUCCAGAGCUACCUGACCAACUUGGACCAGAAGCUCGGCGCCACUUCUCGCGCGCGCGACCUCGACAACAACUACAAGAUCUCCGAUAAGGCCGUGAGCAGCUUUGGUGGUCUGGCAUCUUACUUUGAGAAGGCCAUUGGCACACCCUCCGGUCAGAAGCUCCGUGAAUUCUACCAGAAGACCGAGAAGCAGGUGCUGGACAUUCACGCCGAGGCUCGCCACCUGGCCAACCUCAAGCAGGGUAAGUCGAGUGAGGCCAAGACUGGCGAGUCGCAAGGUGUCGCUGCGUCUGCCAGCGAGGCCGCCGGCGUUGCCCCUGGAACCGUGCCCACUUCGGAGCCAGCUGGCACCACCGCCCCUGCUGAGCCUAAGGCUUAG